AUGCCGCUUUUUGGAAAAAAGAAAGACGCUCCCGACGGACCUCCCUCCUACGAUGAGCUGCAGUCAGCUAGCACAAACCUGGACCAAGCUCCGCAGUACCUGGGUCAAUACGGACAAAACGAAUAUCCAGACGAAAAAGGCUCUAGCAAUAACUUCAACGGUGCAAACGAAUAUCAGAAUAAUCAAGGAGGAUACAAUUCUCAGCCGCAAAAUCCUCCGCCUAAUUACGGGCCCUCUCACGGUCCCAAUGGACAGAACAACUUCAAUGGAAAUCAACAAGGCUUUCAACCGAAUGGACAGUAUAGUGGGCCACCGCCGGGUACAUACACUGUUCCCGCCAACACUUAUGCAGUUCCGCUGCAGAAGACGAACAUUGCGUACGAUACGGAGGGAAAUGUUACUCGCCCUGGCUACAAAGAAUACUUGCAAAGAGAUCAGCAAAGGGUGAACAUGGGGGAUGUUCCAAAGCCGAGAGAGGCAUUUGGCAAAAACAAAGGAGCACCUUUGGCACCCAGUCGGAAAGGCGGCUCCUCAGGUGGAUUUCCUGGAGCUGGUGGCCGUGGCGGUCCCACUUACUAUAAUGCUUCUGAAAACAAGUAG